UGUCAGCACACUUCCCGCUCAUUCAGUCUUCUUCCUGAUUGUCAAGCGAAUCUUUCUGCGUUUGUGCUUAAGCUUGGAACGUAUUGUUUUCCUCUCUUCUCAGGUGUAUGACGGCGGCUUGAGCUCCAUCUGUGUCUGCUGCUGAUGAGUAAAGCCAUGAAAUAGAUCCAGCUGGAGAUGUGCAGAGGAGACCGGGGCCUCCUGGGAAAUCAUCCACACCUCCCCCAGCACCGUGUCCACUUCAGUAGCACCCCAGAGAGCUAUCAAUACGCAGCCACAAUGAGGAAUAUUAUUGUGUCAAGAAGAUUUUGGUGUUUGCGGGGCCUCACUCCCAUGUUUCCCCAAGUAUUUUCCCAUUAUGCCAGUAACACAUCUGCACAUGCAACAGGGGAAUACAGGACUCGGGGGGUUUGGAGAAAGUGGGGAAACAAAAAGUGGAAUCCCAUCGCCAUGACAGGGAAGGAGGGAGCUGUGCUUUCAGACACGGAGAAUAAGAUGAAAUCGGCUUCACAAAUUGGCGUAAACCACGGAGGACCGCAGCAGCCGCCCCCAGGCUGGAAGAUGGCCCCCACGGUACACCGGCGCACCGGCUUUGGGAUCCAGGAGCUGCUCGGCCUCAACAUGGAGCCCCCGGCGGCACCGAGGCGUCCGCUGGAGGCUCUGCCGCACAGGGCGCACGUCCUGCCCACCAGGUCGGCUCUCGGACACGGGGGUCUCGGUGUCGGCAUGGGUUUGUUGGGACCAGAGGGAAUACACUCGUUUUACAGUCAGCCUGCCUUUCUGGAGAUGCUAUCAGAGGCGCAAAAUGUGCACCUGCAGCCGCUGCACAGAGCGGCGCACAUGGAGGCGCAGGUGGAUCCGCACUCCGCCAGCUCCGACUCCGAUGACAUGAGCCUCUCCUCCGGGGAUCAAAAAUUCUCCAAGUCGUCCAUGUGUCAGAGCAAGAAACGAAAGAAAAGACGACACAGGACCAUUUUCACUUCCUAUCAGCUGGAGGAGCUGGAGAGAGCCUUUACUGAAGCUCACUAUCCAGAUGUUUAUGCCAGGGAGAUGCUCUCCAUGAAGACGGAGCUGCCAGAGGACAGAAUACAGGUGUGGUUUCAGAACCGUAGGGCAAAGUGGAGGAAAAGGGAAAAGUGCUGGGGCCGCAGCAGUGUGAUGGCAGAGUAUGGCCUGUAUGGAGCCAUGGUCCGUCACUCCAUCCCACUGCCUGAGUCCAUCCUCAAGUCUGCCAAGGAUGGCAUCACAGACUCUUAUGCCCCAUGGUUACUAGGUAUGCACAAGAAGUCCAUUGAAACCUCACACAGCUCUCCAGGCAAACCCAGCAGUACAACCCCAACACCAGCAGAGGAGAAACCAGUGGGCAAAGCAAUGGAGGAAGAGAAGGAGAAACAGAGGAAAGACACUAACUCCCCAAUUUCCAGAGAGGAACUGAGGGAGAGCAGUAUUGCUGCACUGCGAGCAAAGGCGCAGGAGCACAGCGCUAAGAUGCUGGGGACGGGUUCAAACAGAGCAAAUGUAACACACAAAGAGGAAACGGAGGACAAGGUGACAGAGCAGGAAACAGCAGGUGGAGGAGAAGUGUAAGUGGAAGAGGCUGCAGAAUACAGACUGUUGGUGAAAUACCCACAGAAUGGAGUCUUGGAGGCAGAGGUCUUGUUUUAUUGGCCGAGUUGAACCUCAGGGUCCAGACCUGAGGGAAAAAUGUUUAAUAAACUACAUUUAUUUUCUCAAAAAUAGAUCGCCUGUAGAGUUCUGUGACAUGACAGUUGCAUUUAACGUGGGUUCAAGCUUUUCCAUCAGUGAGCAAGACCCUCCCAGCUCUGUGUUCAGUAGGAGCUAACUGUGACCUUUGACCUCUCACCCGUGAUGACACAUGUCAACUAGGUAACUGGAAACCACUGUUGUUCUUAAUUCUGUUUACUGUCAGCUGUUCCAAAACAUUGUGAUGUAAAUACUAAAAAAAAAAAGUUUAUAUUGUACAACUAUGUAAAGUUGACAUCAAUAAUCUGUGUUGUCUUUGUAUAAAUUACUGUAGUCUAAUUAAAAGUUCCUAUUUAAAGUCCCCCCCUCCAAUUAAAUGUUUAGUUUGCUGCUUCACUUGGAUGUUUGAGCUUCACUAGGCAGAAUGAUGAAUGUGCCGAAUUUGAUACCAAAUGAAUGUUUUAGCACUCAUUUGAUAAGCUGGAAAACGUUCUCCGAUCACUUUAAAUCUCAAGGAGUCACAAUUGAAAAUACAGCGAAUUGGGACUCUAGAAGACGUGGUCCGAUGUGUAUGUUGUGAUGUGGAAACCUGGAACUUUAUUCAUUUUUACUGGGGGCAGGAGUGGAAGAAUUUUUAACAAGGCAAUUUACCUUUUUAUUGUGAAAAACAAUUCAAUUGAAACAUCUGAAAUGGGUCUUUUAACAAAAUCCUACAGCACAAAGAUAAUCUCUCCAUUUUGCAACACGCUGAUUCUGCUGUACUACUUCCUCCUCCUAUUUUAUUUAACUCAUGACCAUGA